AUGGCUGAACAUGGGCUUACACCUACUCUUACUGAAAUACCUCCUGUAGCUUCAGGUAUCAAUGGCGACCCCAUGCAUCAGAUUAUAUUUGUGCAAGUUAACCCUGGGGAAACCUUCACCAUCAUGUCUGAUGACGGAAACAUUCAGAAUAUCCAAGGACCCGCUGAUGUACCGCUGAUGUCACCAAGUGGUACUUUGCCACCAAUAUAUCUUCCUCCUGGUUACAUGUCUCAGGUGGUGGAAGAAAAUGGCAUUCGCAAAAUUAUCAUUGUGCCUCAGACAAUUGACUAUCAUACAACCAUGCCUGCUCCUCUACAACAAGUACCACACUUCAUUGGCCUGUCCUCUCCUGUGUAUCCACAAGGGCCUCACCUGAUGUAUCCCCCAGCUCAAGGGGAAUUUCCACCGCCUUACAUCCAAGAGCCUUUGCCACAGCAGCUGCCACUUCCACUGCUGCCACUGCCACUGGCACUGCUGCCACCACCACCAAUGCUACCACCAGCAACAUUUAUAUACCAAGAGCAGCAUGAAAUGGAUGCUCAUGGAAGAGGAAAUCAUAACCAGUCUGAUGAAAGGGCUGCUAACAUGGGAGAACAUAUGGAGAAAAAAAUGAGAGAAGGCCAACUUGGCGGACACAAGACUAGCUAUAUAGUUAAGAACACCUCUUUGCUUGUCGAUAAAACCAAUGAUUUUUCAAGUAGUCCUGAUACUUCAAACACUUACACUGUGGACUAUGCUCCAAGUACCGACACUGUUGACAAUACCAUGAGCACCGACACUGUGGAGAAUGCUCCACACACCUACACUGUUGACAGUGCAUCAAAUACCUACACUGUAGACAAUGCUACAAGCACUUACACUGUGGACAAUAUUCCAUGCACCUACACUGUGGAAAAUACUUCGAGCACCAACACUGUCGAAAAUACUUUGAGCACCAACACUGUCGAAAAUACUUUGAGCACUUAUACUGUGGACAAAGCUCCAUGUGCCUACACUGUGACCAAUGCUCAGGACAUUUACAUUGCUGACACUGUUGACAACCCUCCAAGCACUCACAUUGCUGACAAUACUCCCAGCAAUUCUUCCACUGACCAUACCCCUAGUACUUCCACCCAGACAGUGUUCUUCCUUCCACCACUGAUAGUGUUCCAGAUCCUUCCAGCACUAAUUAUGUCCCCAAGUGCUCCCAGCACUUCUGCCAUUGAUGGUGCUCUCAGUGCUUCCAGUGCUGCCAGCAAUUCCAACACUGCUAGUGCUCAUGUUGAGACUAGUCAGGGAAAGAAAUGGAGUGCUGCAGGAAGUGGAGGCAUCAAGAAGAAACCAGGUGGAAAACAAAGCAAUAGCCCAUCAUCAAAUGCUGCAGAAAAAGAAUGCAUAACAGAACCUGGCAAGUCAUGCUGUUUCAGCAUUGAGAAACCUGUAGUUUCUGAUAUUCAAACAAGAUCUGCUAUUAUUUCAUGGAAACUACGUGGUUCUGAGAAAUGUGAUCACACCAAAUCUCCUGUGACAUUUGAACUGGCAAUAUCUAACAGUGGUAAAAAUGGAAAAUAUAAAAAAGUAUAUAUGUAAAAUAAAUAUUUGAAAGCUUACAAUUGUCAUUACCUUUUUAGAAUUACAACCAUAAGAAGCUCAGCACAUAGAACUAUGUCUGAAGUGGUUAGUUUCACAACUCCAGGUUGUGAACCAGACCCUCCACUUGCACCCAAACUAAUUAACCAAUCCAAGAGCAACCUGAAUUUACAGUGGAAAGGUUCCAAUGAUAAUGGUUCCAAAAUAAACAGCUUCCUUUUGGAAUGGGAUGAGGGCAAAGGUGAAGGCUUCAAAAGUUGCUAUACGGGUACCAUGAAACAAUACAAGAUCCUUAAACUGAAUGCUUCUACAAAAUAUUCAUUCAGACUAGCUGCCAAAAAUAACUUUGGCUUGAGUGAUUUCAGUGAAAUAGCAGUCUUCCAUACAUCAGGAACUAUGCCUCCAACACCUCCACCUCCUAAGCUAAAAGAAGCAGGAGUCUGUAAUUUGUCACUAGAAUGGUCUGCCCCAACUAACACAAGCCCAAAUGACAGUCUUACUUAUGUACUAGAAAUGGAAGAAGCAGGAUCCGGGUUGGGUUUUAGACCUAAAUAUAAUGGAGAAGACUUCUCAUGCACUAUAAGAAAUCUUCAGAGAACUACUACAUACAAGUUUAGGAUCUUUGCCUACAAUUUGGAAGGAAGGAGUAACCCCAGUGGAGAAGUAAAAUAUACUACCUAUCCAGAUAAGCCUGGAUCCCCUAAAACACCAUAUAUAAAGGGAAAAAUCUAUGCACACAGAGUAAAAAUUGGAUGGGAACCACCCAAAGAUAAUGAUGGGACAUACAUUUCAAGUUACAGUUUAGAAGUUAAUGAAAAUUCAGAUGAGAAUUCCUGGAACAUAAUCUACAGCAGAACCACAAAGGAAUUUCUAUAUGAUCACCUGCAACCUGGUACUACAUAUAAACUGAGAGUCUUUUGUACCUCACCUGUAGGCCAAAGCCAGCCUUCAGAUAUAUUGACUAUUCAAACACCUACUCUUUCUCCUGCAUCUUGCCAUCCUCUACCUUUGCAUGGUGAAACCAAGACCAAAGAAACGAACAUCAAAUGUGAUUAUCAUCCUAAUGAAAACUCUGAAGCACCUGCAUAUGUCAAUAAGGCAGAAGAUAACCAAGAUGACAAACGAGGGUACCCUAGUUCCAAAGUGAGAUCCAUAUUGGAACCUCAUCCAUUGAAGUGUGAAACUGCACCAGUCCCAAGUCCUCCUUCUCAAUGUGGUAUACCUGUGCUAACCUGCAAGGGUCCAACCUGUGUUGUUGUUAGUUGGAGGAUUCCUGUGUGUAAUGGUGCUGAAAUCACUGAAUAUAGACUUGAGUGGGGACAAAGUGAAGAAUCAAUGCACUUGAUUUACACUGGCCCUUGUCUGAGCUAUAAAGUUAAAGGUCUCAUUCCUGCAACUACAUAUUUUUGCAGAGUUCAGGCUGCAAAUGUAGUUGGAGUUGGACUGUUUGAAGAAACUGGCACAGUAACCACACCAGCAACUGUACCAGCAGUAGUACCAAUGCUCCAUGAAGUCAAAAACAAAGUUCCUGCCAAAUUGGCAUCAUCUUGCAUUGCUAUUCAAUGGGAGGAACCUGAUUGUCAUGGCUCUCCAAUCACUGGAUAUAACAUUGAAUAUGGAGACAAAAAAAUUCUGACUGUUGAAAGAGUAACAGAGUGUCUUCUAAAAAAUCUACAGCCUGAUACCACAUACAAAAUCAGAAUUCAAGCUAUCAAUCAUUAUGGACUAAGCCCUUUUAGCCAAUCAAUAAGAACCAAAACCAAGCCACUACCACUUGAUCCUCCUCAUCUUGAUUGUGUGGUCUAUGGACACCAAAGCCUCAAACUGAAAUGGGGUAUCUCUUCAAGCAAAGGGUUACUUUCCAACCUUAUAAGCUACAAUUUGUUAAUAGGAGAUCAAUCUGAGAGAUUUUCUAUCAUUUACCAUGGACCUUGUCAGACUCACAAAGUGCACAGACUGAGUGAAUAUAUGCAAUACAAAUUUAAAAUCCAAGCAUGUAAUGAAGCUGGUGAGGGACCACUGUCUUGUAUCUAUACUUUCACUACAACCAAAACUCCACCAGCCAAACUUAAAGCACCUAAAUUACAGCAUGUGAAUAGCAGUAUUUGUGAGAUCAAAUGGGAGUCUUUGGAGCCAAUAAAAGAAGAUCCCAUUGUUUACAAUCUUCAACUCAUCAGUCAAAAAGGAACUGACCUGAUAUAUAAAGGACCAGACACUUCAUUCUCCUUUUCCAACUUUGUGACAAAUGCACAUUAUCACUUCAAGGUCUGUGCUGGACGCCAAUAUCAGAAUUCUGCUGGGAUACAAGAGCUCUGGGGACCAUAUAGCCCCAGCGUUCUCUUCUCAACUCAUAAGCAACAUCCAAGGCCUGGAAAAGGUGGUGGACAAAAGGGGAGAAGCAGCACUGGUAAAGAGAAAGAUGAAAAGCCCAGGAUAGAAAUGAGUAAUGAUACAUUUGUUCUAAUCCUUGUGAUAGGAUUUACACUAGUUGCUAUUCUGUGUGCUGUUAUAAUUCAACAUUAUCUAAUCAACUAAUGUAUUUUUAUGCAUUUUACCUUUUUAGGAAUUUCUAAAACAAAUUACAUCAAAUACUGAAAUUGCUAGAUACAUCUCAAUUCUUACUUUAAAUCUCAUUUGGUAGAAAUCCUUAUAAACAUUUAUCUGACAGUAAAAGAACUGCCUUACACUCA